AUGAAGCCAGACUCCAAACAGAGUAUGCAUGCCAAGGAGAAGCCAAAGGACCGUUUCUCUGUUCCUCCAGGGUCUCUCUCAGCGCGAGGCUUCCCUGGGGAAAUUAGGAAAGAAAGCUGCUCCAGUGGACAGGAUUUCCCCAUCCUUUGUUCUCCUGCUAUGAUUGCCCUUCUCUUCCUGAGUAUCCUGACUGCCCCACGUGCUGGGGGCCACACUCUGGACACCCCCCAACUACCAAGGGAGCUGUCGCCGGGAUUCUCAAAAGAUAUCAAUGUCACAUUCUUCAAUGGGGUGUUUAAAAAUGUGGAGAGUGUGGCUGAAAUUUUUGACUGCCUGGGCUCCCACUUCACCUGGCUGCAGGCUGUCUUCACCAACUUUCCCGUGCUGCUACAGUUUGUGAAUGGCAUGAGGUGUGUGGCUGGUCUCUGCCCCAGAGACUUCGAGGACUAUGGCUGUGCCUGCAGGUUUGAGAUGGAAGGGUUGCCCGUGGAUGAGACUGACAGAUGUUGCUUCCAGCACCGCAGGUGUUAUGAGGAGGCUGCUGAGAUGGAUUGUCUCCAAGAGUCUGCCAAGCUCCGCACAAAUGUCAACUGCAUCAGCAAGACGAUCACAUGUGAGUCCAAGGACCCUUGUGAACGUUUGCUCUGUACCUGUGACAAAGCUGCCAUCGAGUGCUUGGCUCAGUCCAAUGUCAAUGCUUCCCUGAAUCUUCUGGACACCUCUCUUUGUCUGCUUCAGCCUCCAGAGACAACUAGCAGCAAAGAAUUGACCACACUUCUGUCCAAAGGGGUUCCUCUGGAGCCUACAGACACCAGCCUGGUGGCGCUCUCAGGAGAAGGAUCAGCAGAGAUUGUGGUCACAGUUCAAGGGGUCUCUGAUGUCCCCACCAGCACCCAGUCUUUGAGUUCAGCCGUGUCUUCUGUCAAAGGUGGCCCUGGGAAGACUACUGGAAGAGCCUGUGACCGACUCACCUUCCUGCAGCAGGAAAAUGGGGGCAACAUGCAGGGGUCCCCUCGACUGGGAGAGAUGCUCUUUUGCCUGACGUCCCGGUGCCCGGAGGAAUUUGAGUCUUAUGGCUGCUACUGUGGGCAAGAAGGACGAGGAGAGCCCAGGGAUGCUCUGGACAGAUGCUGCUUUUCCCACCACUGCUGCCUGAAGCAGGUGAGGAGGCUGGGAUGCCUGCCAGAGAGGCUUCCUCCAUCACGGGUAGUGUGUGAGGACAGCACGCCCAAGUGUGUGGGGCAGAGCCUGUGCGCGAAGCUGCUUUGUGCCUGCGAUGAGACAGCGGCCCAGUGCAUGGCCUCUGCCUUCUUCAACCAAAGCCUCAAGUCGUCGGGCCGCCAACAGUGCCAGGGCCACCAGCUCUCCUGUGCAGACAGCGUGCACGGAGGGGCUUCUGUGCCCUUCUUGGGCUCCAGCUCUGAGGAGGUCAGUGAAGAAGAGAGGCCCCAGGCGGAGGGCCUGAGAAGAACGAGAAGAUUUCUGGGCAACUCACUUGGUCUCAAGGGGACCAGACCACAAUACGGUCCUGGGCAGAUCCACAGAUAA